AGCUUAAUACCUUAUGAAGCAUACUGUUAUAAUUUACUGGCAAUAAUGCUCUUUGGAUGUUGUAAUGUAUGUUUAGAUGCAGUGUUAUUAGCACCUGUUAUGCAUGGAUUAGAAAGCAUUAGGAAUGUGUUCUAAUGCAGAAUAUGGAGUGUUACCAAAUGUUGAUGCACUAUUAGAAGGAAUGGAAACUUGGAUUCAUGUGAAGACUUAUUUUUGCUGCACAUUUCCCAAUAGGCUGUAGAAAGGAUGUGCAGUCUCAGUGACUGACCAUAUAGGCCUUACAGUGACGAUCUACUGUACUUGGAGAAGAUAACUUACAACGGGCUUUAGGACCUUGAAUCCAACUCCUUGUGGGAGAGGGCGUAUGCCGGCUCUAGGUGGAAGGCAUAUAGCCGGACAUUCACAUUAAGUUGGGAGUUUCUGGCAGUGGCAAGCGCAAUGCGAGAAAAGGGGUGUUGCUGAGAUAGAGAGAAUUCAGUUGAAUAUAACACAUCGUCAGAAUAUACAUUUGUCUCCGUUUAUAGGAAAGCUCACAGAGAACAUGUCGGUGUUGGCUCUGCAAGAGUACGAAUUUGAGAAACAGUUCAACGAGGACGAAGCCAUACGAUGGAUGCAAGAAAACUGGAAGAAGUCUUUCCUCUUCUCAGCCCUCUAUGCUGCCUUCAUACUAGGCGGUCGCCGUGUGAUGAAACGAAGGGAGAAGUUUGAGCUGAGGAAACCGUUGGCACUGUGGUCCCUCACUCUCGCAGUAUUCAGUAUAUUUGGUGCUGUCCGCACUGGGAGUUACAUGACGUACAUUCUGAUGACUAAAGGGCUCAAGCAGUCAGUGUGUGAUCAGAGCUUCUACAACGGGCCGGUCAGCAAGUUCUGGGCCUACGCCUUUGUGCUCAGUAAAGCACCAGAAUUGGGUGACACCCUGUUCAUCGUGCUGCGGAAGCAGAAACUCAUCUUUCUCCACUGGUACCAUCACAUGACUGUUCUGCUGUACUCCUGGUAUUCUUACAAGGACAUGGUGGCCGGCGGCGGCUGGUUCAUGACCAUGAACUACCUGGUCCACGCCGUCAUGUACUCUUACUACGCCCUGAGGGCGGUCGGCUUCAAGGUCUCAAGGAAAUUCGCCAUGUUCAUCACGCUCACGCAGAUCACCCAGAUGCUGGUGGGCUGCGUGGUGAACUACCUGGUGUACUCGUGGAUGCAGCAGGGUCAGGAGUGCCCGUCGCACGUGCAGAACAUUGUGUGGUCCUCGCUCAUGUACCUCAGCUACUUUGUGCUCUUCUGCCAGUUCUUCCACGAGGCCUACAUUGACAAGACCAAGAAGGCCACCGCAGCUAAAGCAGAAGCCGCCGCAGCCGCAAGGAAGACCCAGUAGACGCGUUUGGGAGGAAAAGAAAGAAAGAAAGAAAGAAAGAAGAGGAUGUACUCGAGUCGCGGUAAACAAUGACUGAGGAGAUGAGGAGAAUUAUCCUAGGAAUGGAUGGAGAGAUGUAUGGGUGAUGGAUAGAUGGCUGGGUGGAGGAAUGAAAGUGGGAGGGUAGGCUGGGGUUGUGUGGAACAUGCAGGAACAAAAGGCGGGCUGCUGUCUGCUUGUGCUUUAGAAUACUACUAACGUGCAAAUGUCAAAUCCUUUGCUUUGAUGGAGGUGCCAUCUCUAGAGAGCUGCACUGUAGAAGGAAGCACUACCUACCAAGGCGACAAACAGUCAGUGUGUCUUUCACCUGAUGUUCCUUUGGCUCCCACUUGAUUCUCCAUAUUUAUUAUAAAAAAUAUAAAAUAAUAUCAAAGGGACAGUUACAUUUAUACCAGAUAAAGGAAGUACAUCUACCUGAAAGGUGUUACUUGAUAAAUAGGAAGUGUAUUGGUACUUAUGAAGAAUGAGGUGGCUUCAAUUUACGAUUGAAACCAAUCUAGGUGUUUUUUGUCAAUGUCUUUUCUUCAUCAUUCUGUGUUUUUCUGUUUUGCUAUGUCGAAUUGUUUUAGACACUGGGAGUGUGUGAGAGGUAGACUUUUGUAAGACGGCUGAUGUAUGUUCGGUGGACGACUUGUACCGAUGGAGUGAACGACACUGUAACCUCUGUAUCCAUCUUUGCAACACAACAUUUUCUCAGGUCUUAGGUUCCUCUCUAUUCUUUCACAAAAUAAGCAUGUCAUCUUGAUAAAGAUCUUGAUCAAGAUCAGAUAUGGGCUUAAAGAUGCUAAAAGGCAUCGAAGGGGAAGGCUGCUUAAUUAGAUACAAACAUCUGAUCUGAAGGCCCAUUGGAGAAAAUAAAUCACGUGACCACACUGGAUGUUAUGUGUCAUGAUAGGAAACGGAGUCUGACAGUGACCUGUUCACCUGCCUGUAAUGACCUCACAACGUCACCGACCACAUUGGAAAGUGAGACGCAAUACAUUUCCAAAGAGUUUAACGAAAGAAAGGGGUCUCGGAAAAAGGCCUUGAGACAUUUUUUUGUUUAAGAAAAAAGCAUGCAGUUGUCAAAAUUCACUGUUAUAACACUUUAAGUAACCGGUGUCUUUUAAUGGUGUCUGUCACGCUAUUGUUCAUGGGAUAUUAACGUAUGAACCAAGAGUGCAAACAAAGGAGUGUUUUGCUGCCAA